CCUUUUCCACUUUGUCACGAGCUGACGCUCCAUUGCUCUCGUACUCUUGCCAUCCCCGCCUCACCAAGCUCGUCAAAAUGGUGGCCGCCAAGAAGACCAAAAAGGCACAGGAGAGCAUCAACAACAGGUUGGCGCUGGUUGUGAAGAGUGGAAAGUUCACUCUUGGGUACAAGACUACCCUCAAGUCUCUUCGCGGAGGAAAGGGCAAGCUCAUCAUCAUUGCUAACAACUGUCCUCCUUUGAGGAAGUCAGAGAUCGAAUACUACGCUAUGCUUUCCAAGACCGGCGUUCAUCACUACAGUGGAAACAACGUUGAUCUCGGAACCGCUUGCGGAAAGUAUUACCGAGUCUGCUGCCUCAGCAUCACCGACCCAGGUGACUCGGACAUCAUCAGGUCCAUGCCCACCGAGUAGAUUAUAUUCCUUGGAGCUGUUACCAUCGAGAAUGAUACAAACUAUCAUGAAUUGAAAUUUUCGCCGGGUGUGGGUACAGUAGAAGUCUUGAGAAUGACUGUCCUAAUUGUCAAGGUCUAAGGCAAAGGGGAAGGUAGAGUCAAGCUGGGUGAUUAUGUUGUCAUUCUGCUGCUGUGCUCAUCAUACAGGAAGCCAGGAAAUAGUACCUCACAGUGUUAGACUCUCGCACCAGACGGUUCGUGAGUUUUCGAAAGGUCUUUAUUUCAAGUUUUGUGCCAGACUGUGAUGGGAAGUGGCUGUUGAAUGUUACCCGUUACCCCGGCGUUUUCAAUAAAUCAAGAUUAUAUGAGUCAAUUUUUGGAGGA